AUGGGGUAUGAUGUGGGAAGAUUCACUAGUUCAGUUGAUGAGGAGCUCAUCUGUACGAUCUGUGGAGGAGUACUCGAAGAUCCUCUACAGGCUCCAGCUUGUGAACAUGCAUUCUGUGCUGCUUGUAUUCAUGAGUGGCUAAAUCACCAACAAACCUGUCCUGUUGAUCGACGUAACCUUACUCCACAUCAACUCAAGCAAGUACCAAGGAUUCUAAAGAACUUGCUGUCAAAGCUGACCAUCCAGUGUGAGAAUGCCAUGUUUGGUUGCGAAGGUGUGGUGCGGCUUGACCAGCUUCGGUCACAUUUGUCCCAGUGUGAACACAAUCCAAAAAGACCAGUCAAUUGUGAACAAGGCUGUGGAUUGGUAGUUCCAUUUGAUGAGAUGCCCCAGCAUAAUUGCAUUCGUGAAUUAAAUAACUUAAUUCAAAAUCAAAAUUUCAAAUUAGCCCAAUUGCAAGCCCAGAUUGAUGACCAACGUCAGCAGCUCAAUGAACAAAAACGGGAAAUCCAAUCUCUUAAGGAUAUGAUCCGAGCUAUGAGGGUAAUCAACUUACCACAUGCAUUGCCUCUGUUGCCUAGUAACCUCCAACAACCUGAUCACUAUGACAACGAAGUUCAUCAGUGGUUGGUUGGGUUACAGUCAGCAAGGGUGACCCGGUGGGGCGGAAUGAUAUCAACUCCAGAUGCAGUUCUGCAAGCAGUUAUUCGCCGAGCCCUAGCUGAUAGUGGGUGCCCACCAACAAUUUUAAAUGAACUGAUGGAGAAUGCUCAUGAGCGUAAAUGGCCACCAGGUCUGAGUACUCUUGAAACACGGCAGUUAAAUCGCAGACGUUAUGAACAGUAUGUUUGUAAACGAAUUCCUGGAAAACAGGCUGUAGUGAUUAUGGCCUGUGAAAAUGAACACAUGGGAGAAUCAAUGACCUUGGAACCCGGCUUGGUUAUGAUCUUUGCUCACGGGAUUGAAUGA